AUGGAGCUUGGAGGUUGUGGUGGAACAAGAGCAGCAUGAAUGACCUUGUAGGACAAUGGCAAAUGACGAGCGUGGAGGUAAAAGAAGCCUCGCUUGACAGGACCCUCACCAGGCCUCAAGCCACCUACCAAAGACUUGGCCUCGGUCUCCGCCGUCCUCCAGAGGGCGGUGAAGCCUGAAGUCAAGGCUUCCGGCUCGGACUCCGCAGCCAGCCUGUGGAGUCUGAGGCUGAGGUCUCUAGCCUGGGCCCUUAAGGCUCUGGCUGGAGACUCCGCCUCAGACUUCAACGGCGGGGUGUGGUGAUCGAGAUCGGAAUGUCUACCCGGCACCUGAAACCCCAGGUCCGGCAGCGGCUCUGACCCUGCCGGACAAAACCAAGUACAAAAGGGGGAGGAGAAUACUUUAUUAAAAAUCAUGGUUUAGAGUGUCCGGUUCAAUGCCGCCCUCGGAGUACGACGUCGUCCGGCGUCCAUCCCGUCACAUCACUCGACCUGAAACCCUCCCCAUUAGCCCCUCCGAUUUCUUUCCCUUGUGA